CUUGGGCGAGGCCAAGCUGGAUAUCGAAUCGCUGGGCUGUUGUAAAAGACGCAUCCGGAGAGGUUGUUAGCCCACUGCGAGUUAAAGCGAAGGGAAUGCAAAACCCAAAAAAGCACUCGGCAUUGCAAGGAGACUAGAGGGAAAUGAAAAAUCUAAAAAUGAAGGUAUUUCAGACUAUCUGCAGGCAGCUUAGAAGUUCAAAGGGGUUUUCUGUAGAACCAUCCCCACGAGUGGGUUUCUCCACUUCCUCUUAUUUGUGUGGCCGGAAGAAAAAAAUGAACCCUUAUGAAGAGGUGAACCAAGAAAAGUACUCUGAUUUAGUGCAGUCUGUCUUGUCAUUCAGAGGCCAUGCUCAAACUCCAGAAUCAUUGUUCAAGGAAGACACUUUACUCUAUGGACCUGUGAGUAAGUGUAAACCCCCAAAACAAGAUGAGGAAGCAAGAAUUCCAGGAAAUUGGUUUCCUCUCUUCAAUGCAGAGAGAAGCUUAAAACCUAAUGCAACAAGUGAUGCUCCAAUUCCUUUGAAAAUCCCUUUGCAAAGGAAUAAGGGACCAAGUGUGACCCGGGUCCUUCAGAAGACCAUGACAUCAGAACAGAUUUUCUAUUUGGAGAGGUGGAAAAAGCGGAUGAUUCUGGAACUGGGAGAGGAUGGCUUUGCAGAAUACACUUCAAACAUAUUUUUACAAGGGAAACAGUUCCAUGAAGCCUUGGAAAGCAUACUUUCACCCCAGGGGAACUUAAAGAGAGAUGAAAAUCUCCUUGAAUCUGGCUACAUCGAAAGCAUCCAGCAUAUUCUGAAAGAUAUCAGUGGAGUUCGAGCUCUUGAAAGCGCUGUUCAGCAUGAGACCUUAAAGUAUAUAGGUCUGCUAGACUGUGUGGCUGAGUAUCAAGGCAGCCUGUGUGUGAUUGAUUGGAAGACAUCAGAAAAACCAAAACCUUUUAUCCGAAAUACAUUUGACAACCCACUGCAGGUUGUGGCAUACGUGGGUGCCAUAAACCAUGAUGGCAACUAUAGCUUUCAGGUUCACUGUGGUUUAAUUGUGGUGGCCUACAAAGAUGGAUCUCCUGCCCACCCACAUUUCAUGGACCCAGAGCUGUGUUCCCAGUACUGGGAAAAGUGGCUUCUUCGACUAGAAGAAUAUACAAAGAAGGAAAAGGACCAGAAACCAGAUUAGGUGUGGGACGCUGUAUGGGAACUUUCAGCACUUUCUCACAGUUUGGGAAAAUAUAUUGUUGUUUACUGAGACUUAAAAUGGAAGUUCCACAGGAUCUGAGAGCUGCAUUAACACAAGCAUAAAAAUUAAUUUGUUAAAAUUAAUUGCAACCAAAAAAACCGAAAAGUCAAAAAGUUUAGAUAUAAAGAACUGGACUUGAGCACACAAAAGACCAACUAUGCUACCUCUGUGAUCUACUUGAAAAAAGGCAAGUAAGAUUGGCACGGCGUUGGUGGCUCUUGGACCCCCUGGGACCUUUCUGUGUCCUGGGCAGGCUGCCCAGUCUUUGAACUGAAAUUGGAGGGCAGUGAGGCUUGGUGUGCCAAGCAUUUCCCUAGGGUCACACCAGGAGGGAAGGAGCCCCAGAGCCCCAGGGUUUGUUGUGGCAGAACUUGCAUUAGCCAACUAUUAUUGCCAAUACAGUUUCCUAGAUCUUGUUUUAUAUAUUGGGGUUCUCCAUAUGUUUCUUUGGGAAAUAAAAUUUCCAUUUAACAUUUUUGAAAAAUAACUAUGUGAUUCCUUAGCCUCGAAUAUUGCUCUCUGAAGUAUGGAGCAUAUUCACCAUAUCAUUGGCAAUACCCCUUGGCAUAUCACCAGAUAAUUCCCAGAAGUAAUUGUAGGUAUUUUAGUAGCUGUAUUCUGGUAUGAAUCAUGUCCAUAGAGAAAAUGUAUUGUUUGUGGAAUUUUUCAGCUAUGGGGAACAAUAAUUCAAUAUAUUUUGGGGUGUUUGAUAAGUAAUAAAAAUUAUUAGUUGUCACUUGGUUUGGGAAACUUAAAUAAAUUCCCACUAUAGCCCUGGGGAAGGGUCUCUAUUUUAUGGAGUGGGUGAGCAUUUAAGUUAUUGUCUUCAAAUCAUAGGGUGCUACAAUUCUUUCGUUAGCCAUUAAUUAUAAGAAAUAAAAUACAAGA